AUGGUCUCGCAUUGCAGCGGUAGAGACCUCUUCGAGUGCCUCGGCAGCAAGGUCGUGGAGACGGUGCCACCGCUGACGGCCAUGGUCUCGAGUUGCAGCGGCAGGAACCUCUUCGAGUGCUUUGGCAACAAAAUCGUGGAGAAAGUGCCGCCGCUGAACGCCAUGGUGUCGAUGGGUCGCGAUCUCGCGACUUGCUUCGGUGGCACAGAACCGGUCGAGCUGUUCAAGUGCCUGGGCACUAGGAUCGCCGAGAAUGUGCCCCCGUUGAAUCGCGUGGUCACCCUCGGCCGCGACCUCGUAAAUUGUGCCGAGGGCUCUGAGCCUCUCGACCUCAUCAAGUGCUUCGGCUUCAGGCUCCUCAAAGAAGUGCCUCCAUUGAACUUCUUGUCCCGUCUGGGCGACAUCUUCGCCGAGUUCAUCGAUACCUUCGCUAAGGUAGCCACCACCGUCGUCAAGACUGCCAUGAAGCACGGCUUCUCGCUGGUGCAGACAGCCGCCACGUCCAAGUUCCCGGAGGCUGGGGCACCGCCUGCCAUCCACCAUGCAGGUAAGAAUCUCGUGAUCAAGACGCAUUCGCAGUAUGCAAGUCAGCUCGAUGCAAGAGUUCGGACAUCUUCGCCUCGAAUGUCCGUGCUGCAGCAGCAUGCCAAUGCUUCGCUCGCGGCUGGUGGCGAUGAUGACGACGAGGCUUCUGCUGUCAGGGGCGAGGCAGCGAUCUCCUUGCAGGUGGGGCCGUACGGCCCAGAGACCACAGAGCUGAUCACGCAGUUCGAUGCCAAGGAGACGGACACCGGAUCCUGCCUGGCUUUCGCCCCAAGGACGAAGACGGGCCAAAACGGCCAGGCGACCGAAAAGGAUUGGCAGGUGGACAGCGACGACAAGUUCAUACAGUUGGAGCCUUGGGCAGUGCCUUGCGACAACGGCUGGAUGCAGAAGAAUUGGGACAAGUGGCAAGGCUACACCUUCUACACCUCCAGAUCCAACAUCGAGAAGUGUCUCACUGUGACAUUCUCCAUGGGUGUGCAGCCCGUGGUGGCCUUCGUUGGCGGCGUGCAGCUGGACUUGCUGCCCACGCCCUUGGUCCAGAUGGACACACAAAUCUGUUGGCCUAAGCAUCACCCAGGCGGGGUUGACAUCAGUGUCCUCCGCGCGGAGAUCCGCACCGCAGGGAUCCUCCUCUUCAGUCGCACCAUGCGCUUGGCCAAGCGCUUCGGCGACCACACGGGCUUCGGCGGCAGAAACCUCAACAAGGGUGUGGAAACCUUCAGGAGCCAGUUCGGCUUAGAUUGGGCAAGAUCGAAGUCGGAGAGCGGAUCCGGUGUUUACAAGAUGAAGCGGACGACAGGCCUCUUGGAGACCAACAGCAGCCUCAACCAGGACAAGGCUGAUGGGGAGGCUGAGCUGCAGUGGGUCGACGCGGAGGACUUGUACAUGGCAUCGGUCGAGUAUGGAGAGCACAUGUCCGUCAACAAGACCUCCGAAUUACGCGGGUCGGCUGCGCACCGCAGAAUGAGCAUGAUGCAGUCGCAGUCCGGGCAGUCGCAGUCGGAACCUGAAAGCUACAAGCUCUUCGGAUUCAAGAAGCCUGGGAAAGUCAGCUUCGAUUUCCAGGGGCUCCUCACCGGCAACACCCUGGAGCUUGAGGUGAAGAUGGGCUUUGGGCCCUUUGAGAGCCCGGCACAGCGGAUUCCGCUCCUGAACAUCGUGGAUCAAUUCUCCGCGCUCCUCCAGGCUCUGCCCUUGGUCUCCAAGGGCAGCCGCGGGAAGGCGGAAGAGGCCUUGAGCGACUUCUCCGAGAAGGAUGUCGGCAGGGUGGAGAAGCAUGCGUUUCCGGGAAGCAUCGUUCCGGGCACCAUGGUCGCCAUCUACAGCAGGGCCUGGAAACGAUUCAUCAAGCUGCGCGACAAUGGGGUAGUGCAGAGCAGUCCAGUGGUCCACAGCUCAGUCAUGCCAGAUUCAUGGGCGUGGGAACGCUUUACCGUGGUGGAUGCCGGCAAUGGCAAGAUCGCCUUGCACAGCUGCUACAACAACCGCUUCCUGCAAAUGGGUGCUCAUGCUCCCACGGGCAGCGGACAUCACAGCGCCCGCAUUCCAGAGUCCAUGACCUAUGAAAUGUUUACCGUGGUUGAUGGCGGGAAUGGCGAGGUGGCCUUAUACAGUGAAGCCUUCCAGAAGUUCUUGAGGAUGAACGGGGACAAGCUGGAUACGAGCCCAACAACAUCUUCCGAGUUGCAUCCCGGUUGGGCAUGGGAGCGAUUCCAGUUCGUAACCUUGCAGCCCUGGUUUGAGCCCGGAUCUGUGAUCGCCUUGCACAACACCCACCACAACCGUUUCAUCCGGAUGCGCAACGAUGGAAACAUGGAUGGUAGCGGAGAAUCCAGCACCUACCAUGCUGGCUGGACGUGGGAACGCUUCACCGUGGUGGAUGCGGGUUUCGGCGAGAUUGCACUUUACAGUAUCGACCAUCAACGCUACGUCGCCAUGCACGGCGGGGCCACGGGCCCCACUAUGGGCAGCACCAAAGCCGUAUUUGGCAGCCAGCCCGGUCCGGAGGAGCGUUUCGCCGUGAGGCGCGUGAGCGGGGAGUUCGGCCUCCACUGCAGCGUGCACAACCGGUUCAUCACCAUGGAGGGGAAGACGGUACGGCCCACCGCGGGCCAGUUUGCCUUCUCUCAUCUGAACGCCGUUCACACUUGGGAGCGCUUCCGCAUCUUCAAGCUCCAGGAUGCGCCCACCCACGAGGCGAAGAAGGAGAGUUGGACCUUCGAUGCCUGA